GGGGGAGAGAAUGUAUGGUGAAAGGCUUGCGCUUCCUUGCUUGUAUUCAGGGCCUUUGUGAAUAAACCAUGGGAUGUAUCGGCUCCCGAACUAUCACUGCAGAUGGCGUUCCUGUGCAGAAGGAUGGGGAGCAGGAAGCGCUGUCGAAGUCCCCAGGGGUGUAGACUGCACUGGCGUGCAGAGAAGAGAAAGCCACUGGUAAUGCGCAGUAAGAUCCAACAGCAAAGCUUCUUGCAGAGCUGUCCAUGGAGGACACAACCUCCAUCCUCCCUCGGCUGAAGAAGAGGAACUCCAAUGCCUAUGGAAUCGGUGCUCUGGCUAAGUCCUCUCUGACAGGUGUGUCAGGAGUGUCUCGGUCUAUGAAGGACAAGGUGACCAAGCCGACAGCGAUGGCCCAGGGACGCGUGGCUCAUAUGAUUGAGUGGCAGAACUGGGGCAUGCAGACGGUGGGCGUGGGGGGCAUAGGAGCGGGACGCACCUCCAGUCUGCACCUCCAACGCGAGCGCAAGCUGGAAAAUGACGCAUACAGUGAUCUAAGCGAAGGAGAGAAAGAGGCUCGUUUCACUGCAGGUGUGCUUCAGCAGUUUGCGAUCUCUGAGGCGACUCUGUUGGCCUGGAGCUCUAUGGAUGGAGAGGGCACAAGCAUUGGAUCUAACCAGGGGAGCAUAGCCCACCUGAGUGAAGCCAACCAGGAGAGCAUCACCAGCCGAGACCAGAUUGUGCACCAUUCCUCUGCAGAGGUGUGGCCUCACAAUUACGUCUCCCAAGGUCUUUACUGCCUUUCUUCCUCUGAUGCCUGGGAGCCUAUCUGUAAUGAGCAGUCAGGUGUGGCCUCUCCUACUGCUGGCUCUUAUGUCAUGGCGGUGGGGACUGAGGGUGGAUAUGACCCAAAUGCAGCGGCACAAUUCCUGUCCCAACAGCAGCAGCAACAGCAGCAGUAUCAGAGCCAGUUACAGCAGUUCCAGCACCUGCACCAGAUCCAGCAAUACCAGCAACAACAACUCCUGCAGUAUCAACAGCAACAGAUAAGGGAACAAAGACAUCAGAGUGCCACUCAUUCCUUACAAGCUACUCCAAACAGCACCAUCCAUAGUCUGCCUCCUCGUAUUCACCCACCAUUGGUGGAUCUGUGGGGGCAAACAGAGACCUGUCAGGCAGAUAUCAUGGUUGGCUAUAUGGGCAUGCCUGUUGGUGUAGAGGGAAAUCUAGCAGUCACCACCACAGAGGAGGUGACGACAGACCACUCACCUUUACUGGAAGCCCAGGAGGAGGAAGAGAUCAAGGAGGAAGAGGUAAUAUUUUGUAUGGAACCAGAACCAGUGACGUUAAUUCCAUCCCCAGUGACACAGAGAGAGGAAGUGACCUCAACAGGAGGAAGCAGUCCAGGUCAAGCCUCUGGAGAACCAAUCACUGAGCGAAAGGCUUUUGAUGUCUCACCAUGUGUAAUUGAGGAGCUGGAAGAGAAGGAGGAGGAGUCAGAAUCCUCAUCUGUUGAUGUCACGGCAGCCAACUGAGUGACCGGAGUGAGACUAGGGCUGGUUUUGACAGAUAUUUCAAUCAGCAAAAUAAAACAACAUCAACUCCUUUUUCAGGAAUCAAAUGCCAUUGUGAAGGAAUUUAAGUGACUGUUCAAACCCAAAAUGGAAUCCGGAACUGCUUACCUGAAUGCUGUUAUUUUUUGUAAGCCUUAUAUUAUGGAUGUUUGAAAGAGGAAGACAGAAAAUGGAAGUAGGAAAUCCUUGGAAGGGGGGAGGAGGAGAGAAAACUGAAAAAUCAGACAGAAAUGGAGCGAUAGAUAUGGAGAAAUAUGGAAUUCGGGAAGACAAAUAUGAAGUACAUUCUGAUAAAUAUGUGCAUGCUUUUGCAAGGAGUGGUGACACUCUUUACUUAAAAAAAAGACAAUAAACCAUAGUAAUAAACCAUUAUGAUAAUAACAUGAUUAUUUUCUAAGAAACUACAAACAACUUUAUAUGUAAUUGUAAAAUAAACUAGUGUUUUCAAGCCAUGCCCCGCAGAUCAUGCCCCCUUCGGGUCCCAUACAGAUACUUACUGUGAGAGGUCAAUUAUGAGAGAUCAGAUUAUGAUUUAGUAUUUUUGUUUUAUAAGCACUCAUAAAACAUUGUUUACUUGAGAAGCAAAAAAUUUAAGGGUAAUUUUAGGUAAGACUUGUUUUCAAAGAAUAUAUUUUGAAUUCAGCUUAUUUUUCGUCCUCCAUUUUUUUGUUUUUUUUGUUUACAUGAACCUUACAUAAUUUAUGUUUAAAGCAAUAAAAAUCUAUUUGCCAAUAGGGUACGAACUUAAUUUAAGAUUUAUUCUUUAAAAACAAGUCCUAAUAUCUUAUGCAAUUGUGCUUCUCUAGUAAAUAGAUCUUGUUUUUAUUGGAAAACCAGACAAAAUACUGAUUCAAAAUAGAUAUAUAUUUGGCAGUGCAGUGAGAUGUGGCAUCUUCAGUGAUCAGCCCUUCCAACACACAAAUACAAACACUCCUUUAUCUUUAAAGGUCCAUGUUUAAAACUUUAAAACUAUUAUCCUCUAACUAAGUUAAAUCAUGUGUUUCAGCAUGGAGGACGAGUAAGUGAACGGCCACUGCAUACAGACCCAGACAUGCAAAUACACAGACAUGCACAAACCCUUAUACUUGUGAGGACCUUCCUUAGACUAUUGUUCUAAAUUACUUCUCACUAAAUUCUUUGAGAUGUUGAGAUCCUAUUUUUAUCUCGAUAACCCUCCUAUUAUCUCUCACAGAAUAAUGUCAAGUUCAUAUAGGCCAUCUUAACAUAGACAAAACUUUCUGAGUGCACCUUUAACUUAUUGAUUACACUUUACAAUAAGGUUCCAUAACAAUGAUCAAUACUUUUACACCAUUUGUUAAUCUUAGUUAAGGUUAAUUUUCAACAUAAUCUAAUCAGUUGUAAAAAAAAAAAAAAAGUGUAAAAAAGUUGUAUUUGUUAACUUUAGUUAAUGCACUAUGAACUAACAUGAACUAACAAUGACCAGUUGUAUUAUUAUUUUAACUAACAUUAACAAAAUGUCAUAAAUGGUGUAAAAAAGACAUUGUUAAUUGUUUGUUCGUGAUGCCAAAUGCAUUAGCUAACAAAUAGAACUUACUGUAUAGUGUCACCAAUUUAAUUUACAAGUACGCACUUUCCUCAAUAAUCAUUUUUUAAAGGUUUUAUUAUAUCUGUGAGGCAUUUUCAGGAAAAAAAAUAUACAAACACACAUCUAUGUAUUUCUGUACAAUACUGGGUUGUAACAUUGUGUGCUUUCUUCUCUGUGUCUUUUGGCAUGCAUGUGGUUUGUCAGUGUACUCUGGAGUCCUAUACAACACUGUAUAGAUAUUUGCACUGGAACUCAGUACUCUGAGUUGAGCUUGAGGCUGACUCUGUGAGCUCAGUGUGUUUAGUGAUUUGAUUGUCUGCAUAAAGCAGAGAAUUGUGCUUUAAAAAUAACUGUUGUACUUACAACGGUUUGCUGGGUGAACAACAGUUGCCUUUUGAAUUGGUAAUUAAUUGUUUAUGAGACAGAAAAAGAAAAGAUGUCACACUUCCAUACAUUAUAUACGUACUAUACCUGUAGAUAAACAGUAAGCUUAGGAACAUCAGAACUCCACUCAUAUUUCCCAAAUUUGGGAAUCAUCUGUAAAUUAAAUUUUUGCUGUGUUUUAGUGGUUUCUGGGAGUUUUCCAAAUCUCUAGAUCAAUUUAAUGCAAAAUACUGUAUCAUAUAUAAUUUAUCUGUCUUGAUUUCCAAUAAGAAUAUCUAAAAAUCCUUGUUUGCAGUGAAUACAUCUUGAAUGAAGUUUAUUUUUCUCACACCAUAGAUAAAUUGUUCUUUGCAUGGUUGAAUCAUAAAUCUAACCAAAUUUUGGGAAGUUUAUGCUUAAAACAAGAAAAAGAAUUUCCCAAUGGGGAAAGUAAAAUAUAUUAGGUGGCCUUAACUACUAUGCACUUACUAUCUACCAUUUGAUACAAUGUACAUAUAUGUUGUUGCAAUGUAAUUACAUUUAAAGUACUUGCAUUUCAACUUUACCCCUAACCCUAACACAUCCCUUACCCCAAACAGAACUCUCACCCCUAACCCUAACACAUCCCUUACCCCAAACAGAACUCUCACCCCUAACCCUAACCCUUCCCUCACUCCUAAACCUACCCACACCUCAACCUCAGUUGCAGCACAUGUGGUAAUUUUGCAUAGUCUUGUAUGUAUUUAAAGUUUGUACAUAGUAGUUAAGGCCACCUAAUAUAAAGUGUGACCAGAUAUUUUAACUGAAAAACAAGAGAAAAACAUUGAAUAAGAAAAUGAUUGCAAUGUGAGAAGAGAAAGAUGGACCUCAAAACUCUAAUUAAUAAAGAGAAUAAAUUACUACAGUAAGAACUUGUCUCAAACAUGUACUUCUAUGUACUUUCAGGACCACUCUUGAUGAUUUUUUCAAUUAUUUUUAUAAUAAAGCAUGUCAUAGUUUUUGUUUAUAAAUUAAAUGCAUUCCACUGCCUAAUUCUUUUCACUGUAUACAAAGGGAGAAGAAAAUAGGACCUUGAUCCACAUACUGUAAAUAUCAUUCACCAAAAUAUAAAUUAGGAAAAAUGUCCCCAACAGAAUUGCAAUGGACUUUAAUUUGUGUUGAAAGUGACCUCAUAAACAACUCUCAGGCCAUUUGGAAUUUAGAACUGCACAGGCGUGUUCCUGUUGUCAUGGUCCCUGAUUAUUAGUCAAUAUGAUGCAACAGACAUUGUGUUGACAGUGUGUGUGUGUGUGUGUGUGUGUGUGUACUUAAAUGGACGUGAGCGGCUGUCUGGUUCAGAAACAGAGAUAACUACAUCAUACUGCAUUGUGAUGCAUGAUUCACCAAGAAUUUGCAACAGUUUCUUUGUGGGACAGAGUUCACCUUUGAUGAUUGUGUGUAAUACAAACUUGGGGCAAGAAGAAAUAGUGUUAAUAGCUAUGUCAAGUGCAUUGGCUUGAAUGAAUUUAUUUAUUGACUGAUUAUUUAUGCAAUGUUGGGACAAUGUUUAUUUUUCUACAGAAUUGUGAUCACUCAUUCCUGUAUAUGUUGGGGUAUAUAUUAUUUCACUGUCAGGCUCCUGUGGAAAAUCUGAGUCUGUGAAUGUGUGCUUUUUGUCAUUACAAAACCCACAAGCUAAGAUCUUAAACAUCUCAUUGAAUGUCAUAAUUAUAGUGUUUUACAUUUACUAACAUCACAGAGCCUACAUUAAUAUUACAUGUAGCAAUUCAACCAUUUAACAAGUUUGAUCCAUGUCUCUUAUCUAGAGGUUAUUGUGUAAUGUAAAGCUCACAGGAAAUAAUAUGUACCCAUUUAUUUAUUUAAGGAGGGAUUUAAGUUUGCAGCCUGUAUAAUACCUAUUUGUUAUUUCGAGAUGAAGGCACUUUUGGUUGUAAUGAUAUCACUCUUUCUGGUUUAUGUGAGAAUAUGCUAUCCAAAUGGUGAUCCUUCUUCCUCAGGGUUUUUUUUUAUUUUUUUGACCUAUGACGCAAAAUGAUAAACUUAAAAGCUUCGUCCUUUCUUUCUUUCUUUCUUUCUGUCUGUCUUCCAUAAAAAUUAAUGGAUGUACAGUAUAUGAGAACUAUACUGCAACAUUGUGUUGUACACAUAUAAUGGAGUGAUGGUAGCCUGAUGGGUAAGGAUCUUUAAUACUAGCUCAAAGUUCAUAUCCCAAUUACAGGUGAAAGUGAAGAGGCAAUGAAGUCAUAAGUUGUUUCAGCAUUGUGCCCUUAAAAAAGUGCUUAACCCCAAAUCGUUUGACUAUGUAUGGUGCUUUGAAAGAAAAGCAUUCUUGCAGCAGUCUGAAGUAAAACUGGGACAACAUUUGGAAUUUUAAUAUAGCAUAUACUGUAUAGUCAUUUGUAACGGUUGGACAUAUUAAAUUACUUUGACUUUUUCUAACCGUACAUUUAUUUUAGUUCAAAAUAGUUAUUAAUUUCACUGUCAGUCCAUUUUGUUUUAUUUAUUAAUUUUAGUGUGCCUCAUUAUCAUUUUGUGAAUGUCAUCUCCCAGAUAUCCUCCAACUCUGAAAAACGCCUCAAAGAUUUUGCCCUAAUAAUGAACUGAUAUUCCAAUUACAAGCUACCAGAUCAUACUACUGCAACCAAAGGAGUGAUAUCAUGACUUGUUUUAUUGCUUUUUGUGCAAGAUAAGGAAUAUAAAAAUUAAUAAAUAAUAACAAAAAGCCAUUAGUAUUUUCUUGGAUGUAGUUGUUUAUCAUUUAUGUUUACAGAUAAACUAAUUUCAAAUGGGUUUUUGUACGAUUCUACUGCCAACUUUCAAUACGAAUCUGUCUGUGAGCAUGACACUGUAAACAGUCCCCUGUUCUACCUCUCUCUUCUCUCUGUGAACUGAUGUAUUGUCUUUCCUCCGCUCUCUUGCCCUUUGUAUGUUAUCUUUCUAUUACUCAAACUCUGUGUUGUCUCCUCUUGGUGGAAGAAUCAUAUUCAGAAAAAGUAAUACUUUGGAUUUUUUGUAAAGGAUUCAGAUAUUGAUUCACCAUGCUCCAACUGUGACAUACAGACAAAAAUACAUUGAUUUAAGGUUCUGACUGACUGAGCUUAUCAAAGAUGUCAUAUAUAAGAAUUGGUCUGUGAUAUAACUAUGCAUGCUUUUCUGAAGGUUAUAAUAAGAUGGUUCUUCCAAUGUGCUCUCUCUCUCUCUCUCUCUCUCUCUCUCUCUCUCUCUCUCUCUCUCUCUCUCUCUCUCUCUCUCUCUCUCUCUCCUGCACGAAGAAAAGGCCUCCCUGACCUAAAGAAUAUUGCUAUUCCUUAAAAAGAAAUGUCCCAAAAAUAAUGAAGAGCAAACAAAUAAA